AUGGCUACGGGUAAAAAUGGUGGUGGCCAGGAAGAUGCGCCGCCAGUUUUGGUACCCUCGGGCAAGCCUGCGCCAGGAAAGCUUUCUCCGCGCUUGCAAGAGCUCCUGGAUCAGGUUGAUCAUUACGAGGACCAUUACUCCUCAUACUCCGUCGACUCAACCGACACAAGCUUCCGCUACGCAGCCUACGGAAGCCGCAUUCGUACAAUCCUCCUCUCCGCUCAUCGUUACGUCGCCUACACCUCGGACAUAGGUGAAUCCUUCCGCCCAGUCGCACACCCAUGGCUCGUCCGCUCCGCCUACGGCAUAUCCUGGGCCUACCUUAUCGGCGACGUCAGCCACGAAGGCUACAAAGCUUACCUCCGCAACCGCCGCGCUCUCGUCGCACCCGGCGAGUCCUACAAGGAUGCCAGCGACAUGUCCCAGACGCAUAUCAUCCGUGGCAUGGCUACGGGCAACCUCUCCCGGCCCCUGAGCGGAUCUACAGAUGCACUGGAACCCUGGCCUACAACGGAUAUCUCGCUUGCGGAGGACUAUCGAAUGGUCAUGGCUAAACGCGCCGUUUUCCAAAGUGUGGCGAGUAUGGGGUUGCCCGCAUUUACCAUUCACAGUGUGGUGAAAUACUCUGGCCGUAUGCUGAACGGGAGCAAAGUCACGUUCAUGCGAACGUGGGUGCCAAUCGGGCUCGGUCUAUCGGUCGUUCCAUUCCUACCCUACCUCUUCGACCAUCCUGUUGAGGAAGCCGUGGACUGGGCAUUUGGUACCGCCCUCCGCAUUUACGGAGGCGAGGACGCCGUCCGUCCGCUGCCUGCGCAUGCCCGUAAUGGGCAUGCCGAUGGCGCGUCGGGUGUUGAAUCCCCUGUGACAGCAGCUGCGGCGCAGCUUUCUUGGGAGGAGCACAAGGCGGAGCGGGAUGAGCUUCGCCAGCUGCGUCGUGAGAAGAAUGCUGGGACAUGGUGGUCUAAGCUUGGUGGUUGGUCCGGGAGUGAUGAGAAGAAUAAGAAAGACUAA